AUGGAAGAAAAACGAAAAAAAAUGACUUCCCAACGUUCAAAAUCUGAUUUAUAUCUGGUAAUUUAUAUUCUAUGCAUAUUGGCAGUUAGUAUUACAAUAGCUAUAGUGUUUGCUGUAUACAUUAAACUGCAAUCCUAUACAAACGAUUCAAGCCAAACAGCAGCAACAACAGAUCAAACCCAAGCGAAUUCAAACAAUACCAACGUAACAACUGCAGAAGCAUAUUAUUGUGCAGGCAUCUCAUCAUAUACUAACUGGCAAUUAUAUUCUACUAGCGGAAUAACGAUGAACAUUGAUACCAGUAAUUGCAGUUUUCCAUCAACUCCAAGCUAUUUCGUUAGUAUAUCUGGCACUAGCUCUCAUUGGUUGUUAGCGGGCUACACUGCUAUUUAUUUUCCAACAAAUAUUUCAUUUACAAUUUAUGCACGUCCUCUAAUUGUUUGGAGUAAUACAGAUAUGUUAAAUAAUGCUCAAACAUGCUUAUGGAAUAUAAAUUGGUUUGGUAUUUCUUAUUCGACGUGA